UACACGUUAGCACACGAGAGUCGCGCCACAAUCCACUCGCCAGGCACCCUCUGCUCAGGCUCAGAGAAUGGUAAACAGUGGUCAGCUGGUCAGGCUUGGCAACAGUCGGUCACGUGGCAGUGCUCCCGCCACCCAAACGCAGGUCAGUCUCGUGCUCUUAUAAGACGCCACACGUACACAAAGGCACGCACAAGCAGUCAGAGGCACGCAAAAGCUGUGAUGGACAAACCAGAGGAGGAUUCUUUGUUGGACCAAGAGGAUUUUCUCAUUGGGAGAGACCAGGAGCAGCGCAAUGAGGUCAGGAGGGAAUCUUUGAGGGAACCGGUGGAGGAGGAGACACAGGAGGAGGAGGAUGGGGAGGAGAACACCAGUGGGGCGAUAGCAAUAUCCCAGGGCAGUGGACCACAACGGAUACCUCCCCUGCAUACGUCAGCCUCCUUCCCUCGGUUUACCGGGGAGCGCACACCCCUCCUCCGCCCCUCUCCCUCCUUUGUAGGGCUGUAUGGCUCUUCCUGGUCCACUCGUGUUGGACCGUCUCCAUACACAGCUGAUAACAAACCAAAAAGACGACCAUUCCAUCAUGCCGUGGCCACCAGUGAAUCUGCCCGCCGUACUCAGCCCCCGCCAGAUUCCACCAGUGGGGACGCUCACCUCUACAACCGCUACAGAUAUUACUCCCGCCUGCGUGCCGAUGUACAUCCCAGUGAACAAGCUUUGGUGAUUCCAGACCACAUUGUGCCUCGGGAACUGUUCCUGCCAUACAUUCCUGGCCAUGUUCCUGAUGCAGACGGCAAGCAGGCCUCUCACAUCACCAUCAUAGCCAUCUGGAACACCAUGAUGGGCACCUCACUCAUGACGAUGCCAUGGGCGUUUGGACAGGCUGGGUUUGUUGGCGGCAUUGUCAUCAUGCUGGCGAUGGCUGGCCUUGCCCUCUACACUGCCACUCGCCUCCUCACUCUUCAGAAAACCAUGGGUCUAGAGGGUCCGUCGAUGGAGCUGAGUCAGGUGUGCCAACAGCUGCUGGGUGGCAUGCUGGGACGCAUCACCGAGGGCCUCAGUGUGACCUUUUCUGUGCUGACGCUGGUCGGGGCACAGGUCGUCUACUGGGUCCUCAUGUCCAACUUCCUCUACAACACUGGAGAAAUUAUCUAUGAUGCAGUAAAUGGCGAGAUCCAUGAUAAUUCCAGCCAACUUCUGUGUCCUCCAAAUGUCACUGCGCGUGGUGAUACUGUACAUCAGCAGCCAGAUCCAACAGGCUUUCAUAAGUGGUGGCAGCAAGACUUCACUGUGCCUUUGUACCUCAUCGUGCCUUUCAUCUUCCUCCUUAACUUGCGUGAUUCCAAAAUCUUCACCUACUUCAACUCUCUUGGGGCUGUCUCAGUAAUGGUGAUGUACCUGUUUGUCAUUGUCAAGGCUGCUGGCUGGGGUAUCAAUAUUGACUUCAAUGACCCCACUGAUCCCAUGUAUGUCCCUCUUUUUAAGAACUCCUUCAUGUGUCUGACGGGAACACUCUCUCUGGCUUACUUCAUCCACAACUGUGUCGUCACCAUCAUGCAGGGAAACAGACACCAGGAGAAUAAUGUGAGGGACUUGACAAUAUCAUAUUUUUUGGUGGCGGCGACUUACAUUCCAAUUGGCGUCCUGUUCUACACCACCUUCCCGCUGCCCAAGUACUGCGUGGUGGAUAAUUUCCUGGACAACUUCCCACCACAUGAUGUCGUGCUGGCGGUGGUUCGUGGCUUCCUCUUCUUCCAGAUCCUGACAGUGUACCCGCUUCUUGCCUUCUUCAUCCGCAACCAGCUCUUCACCUACUUCCUGGGGGCAGGGCACGAGUUCCGGCUGUGGCGUGUGGUGCUCCUCAAUGUUGUGCUGGUCACCAUGUCUGUGCUGGUAGCCAUUCUCUUCCCCAGUAUUGGCUUCAUCAUCAGGUGGGUCGGUGCCAUAGCAGGGUUGGCGUACAUCUUCAUCCUGCCAUGCAUCACUUACAUGGUGGCACUGUACAGCAAGAACAGACUCAGCACGUCUCAGGUCAUUCUACACUCCACCAUUAUCAUUAUUGGCAUUGGCAACUUUGUGUCGCAGUUCUUCACAGAGUAAUAGUAUCUUCUGGGGCUGUCAAUCUCUGUUCAGUCUUUCUUUAGGAACCAACUUGCUCAAUUUUUAUUCCAUUUAAUGUUGCUGCCUUGUGACUUCUUAGGUGCAUUUUUGAAGAUGUCUAACGGACUUCCAAGGAGGUGUAGGGCAGGUGUUGCUUGUGCCUUCUUGAAGCUUUUGCAUCAGGAAAUUGAAUGCACAAAUAGCUUAAAAAAUCUUCCUAGUGAGAGAGAAUGCAAUGGUUAUCAUUCUUGGACAUAAUCAGAGAAAAAUGCACUCAAAACUGUGUGAUUUCCCAAAGAUAACACUUGUCUUUCUCAACCAUUUGCUUUCAUGAUUAUUAUAAAAAUACAAUAUGUAAAAUAGAGAUAUAUAUUCAAAACUUUGCAAUUCUGAAAUAUGAUGCCUUUCAUAAUAAUUUGCAUUCACCAUAAAUUAUUAAAUUUCUCACUAAAGCAGAAAUUUAAGAUGCACUGAAGUGAUAAAUUUCAAAAGGUACAGUACAGUUCAGGCCAGAAGUUGUGUCAUAUUAUUAACUUUCAUCCAGCAGACUUUACAAUAUUUCCUUCUUCACUGCUGGACUUACUCUUGUUAAUUUCACAUCACCUCUGGCCUGAACAGAAAGGUUUGUCCGCCACCAGCAGGUAGUGGCAGACGGAAGGUGCUCAAGUCAUGACAAUUAGUGCUCUACACAGUAACAUCCUGAUCUGCUGAGCUCUGAUGUUCCUGUGUAUUGCAUGUGUUUGGAAGUGUGUGCUUAGAAUUAUGAAUAUGACUGAUUUUAUUGGUCAAUUAAGUAUUUUAUUUUAUUUAUUUAUUUUUUUUACCUGUUAACUGUCCACCACACAAUGAGAGAUUAGUUGGAAGUGUAUAUGUUUAGAAACAAUUUUUUUUUUUACUUAAUAUUUUUUACUUAUUUAUUUUUUUUACUGUUCCAGAAAGUAUUCCAGCGUAUGUAGGAAAAUGACGUGAAAUUUACAAUGUAUGACUUCUGAGAAACAAAGCUCAUUAGGAAAAACUUGAUCUUUGUGUGGUGUUUUGAUGUUUUACUGACAUUUUUAUGUUAUUUCAUGACUUCUUUUAUCAUUAUUUUGCAUUUGUCUUCUUGUUAUUCUGUCUUUCCAUCUGAGGUCAGUCUUUUAUGUUUAUUUUUAUAGAACGUGAGGUCAGUUUGAUUUGUGUUCUAUCAUCGUUGAUGGUAAGCGUUCAGUAUUCCGACCAGAAGCUGUGAUGGCCGUCUCAAACAAUGAAAAGUCUUUAUAUAUUUCAGCAGAACAUGCCACACUUUCCAGUAUCCAUAAUUAUAUAGAGUAAUGAUACCUUUUUCCUUGAUACAUUUUUUUCUUUUUCUCUUUCCAACAUACUAAGUGUGAGAGAUGCAUUCCAAAAUCUGUCACAAUUCUGUAUUCAGUACUUAAAAACCCCUUCCCUUAUUUUGUAUAAAGUGUAGUCUAACAUAAAAACUAUUAUUUUAUAGAUGUUCUUUUUAGCAGUGUGAGAAAGUAUACUUAUUGUUUUUUUUACCAAUUCUACCCUCUCGUCCACAAAUUUGAGGAUAUUAAUAUACACUAAACUCUUCAUGUAGGUAUUGCUUCCAUCACUUUAAGAUAAUAUUGGUAUACACUAAAUUCUGGGUUUUUCCAUUCACUUCCAUACACUCUGCCUUUAUUACUGUACUCUGAGAAAACAGUAAUGCUCACUAAACUCUAUCUAGGCACUGGGGGAGUCUGAUAACUUUGGCAGUAGAUCUCACUGUUUUUACUCAAUUUCUUUAACUCUUUUAGUAGUACACCGUUAGAUUAUUUUUGAAGUCUAGGAGUUUCAGAAUCAGUUAAAAUCACAUGCAAUCACUUAUCCCUUUACAAUUCUUUAGUGCUGAAUGAUUUAAACUGAACUGUCUCAUGGUGUAUAAACAUAUAGAAGAUGAAACUUAAAGAAACCUUAAGUAAACAUUCUCAUACAGCUACAAAAAGCACAUCAAACAAGUCAACAUGUAACCUUGGAUCUUCAGUUUCUGUUAGUCUCAGUAGAUGAACUAAAACAAAACAUCUGGCACUGGGUAGCUACAGUGCCAGUAAUGUUUCUUGUGCAGUUUCUUCCUUGGCACCUUACCUGUGUCUUGGUGAGCUGUGCAGUGUUGGAGCCUCUAGUCAGUGCUAUGUUUGGCUGCCCGUCUGUUGGUUGGCCUCUUCCAGCUGGGGGGAGAGAAAGGAAAAGUUCUCCAUCAGUGACUCAGUUCCCCAAAUGCUGGUGUGAGGGUUGGUGUUGUUGGCCAAUUGUUCCGUGUUCUGAUUCAGUUUGUGUUAGUGAUUGUUGAUUUUGACUGUUAAAAAGUGCUGAAGGUUGGAAUAGUUAGUGUUUUAAGAAUUGUAGAGUAAUAUUGUUAAGAAGAGAGAGAGAGAGGAAGAGAGAGAGUGAGGAAGUAUUUUUACUAUUACAAGACUAAGUCAAGCUCAUAGCAUCCUGCCUUUCAACCUUAAAUUGUGAUAUCAGAGUGUGUGUGUGUGUGUGUGUGUGUGUGUGUGUGUGUGUGUGUGUGUGUAGAGAAAGAGAAAGGAGAGAUGAGAGCUUCAUUAGUAUCUAAACAAUACCAGACCUCAGAUAAGAUCAGAGCACAAGGAAAGCCACAAGAAACAGUAGAUCUAGAUACAUAUACGUUGCCAGAUUUUUAAUACAGAAGACUUGGUAUAGAAGUGUGUUUCCUUUACCGAUAGAUAGGGAAAUGCCUCACGGUUAGGAAGAAAACUGUCUCAUGCAUUACUAUAGCCCAUUAAUGAGGCCCUCUUCAACGUUCCUUACUUCGGGGCUUUCUUUGAGUGGCAUUAAGUUGCAUGAUAGUCUUCUUUGGUUCUGUUAUGCAUUAUUUAGUGUUAGUGAUGAAUGGUGCAAGGCAAGAUUAUUCCUAAGUUGUGGGGACCCUGUGUGAUGUUUUGAGUUGUGUGGUUUCCCUGGAUUUUCUUGGUUGUAUGUGUCAUGUCAGUAAUGGAGGGUACCAGGCAAGAUUUUUCCUUACUAGUGGGAUCCUGUGUGAGUUUUUGAGUAGCAUAGAUUGCCUUGGUUUUCUCGGUUCCACAUGUUGUUUAGUGUUAGCGAUGGAGAAAGCAAGGCCAGAUUUUUCCUUACUUGUGGGACCUUGUUUGUUAGUUUUCCUUGGUUCUGUCUCAGUGUUGAAGAGAGCAAGGUCUGAGUCUGGUGUCUUCUAUUCUAUACAGGGAAACCAAGAGGACAGGAUGCUAAACAGAAAGGGUAUUAACUGUUAAUCGUAUUCUCAACAGAUACUUCCGAGAGAAAAUUAGAUUAUAUUUUCAGUAGCGUGUAUGUAUUUUAGCAAGGAAAGUGAUCUUAUAUAUGUACAUAAGUAUAGAUAUUUUAUGUACUCAGAUGUUAAUGGUAUAUAUUUUGACAUGUAUUCUGUAUUUCUUACUGUUAUUAUUAUUGUUAUUAUUAUUAUUAUUAUUAUUAUUAUUAUUAUUAUUAUCUUACUUUAUGAUCCAAUCCCUCUCUUUCGUUGUCUCUCCUCUGAUUAUCUCUCUUUAUCUUUCCUUCUCUUUCAUUAUCUUUCCAUGUGUAUGUCUCUGUCUCUAUUAUUUCCUGAUCCUGUCCUUUUCUUUCAUUAUCUUACUUCCUGAUCCUGUCCUCUUUCAUUAUCUUUCCAACUAUCUACCUUGUCAGUGCAAUUCUCUCAUAUUUUAGUGGGAGAGUUGUUAAUUCACUUUACCACUGACUGUAAUGAUUGUUUGGGAUAACAUUGUCUUGUUCUAACCCUCCUUCAUUGUCCAAUACAACACACUCAUAAUUCCUCACCCAACAAAUAUAUAUUCCCUUCUUCUCUUUUUACCAGUUACUGAAAGCUAUUCAUUUUUUUUUUUUUUUCUAU